AUGGAUUCGUUAAAAUCCCCCAACGCUCGAGUCCAGAGCACAACCCACGAGGCGGCGAGCAGCAAACUUUCUGCCGUUAAUCUAGGAUACUACUCGGACCCGUUCUUAAAAUAUUUUGUCAAAAGGAUUGAGAAAAGAAGUCCACUCAUAAAUAGGGGCUAUUACGCCCGUGUUGCUGCAAUGAGACAGUACAUUGAGCUCUUUUUCAAGUCCCUAAAGGAAGAGGAACCCGUUCAGAUAGUUAAUAUCGGAGCCGGUUUGGACACGACCUUCUUUUGGAUAAGCGAACAGAGGAAUAAUGCGACCUAUUACGAAAUGGAUUUCCAUGAACUACUGCAGGAAAAGGCGAACAUAAUAAACCGAGUGGAUGAGUUGAGGUCCUUUCUAAAGGGAGUUGAUCAUCAGGGGGAUGUGGAGAUGAAACCUGACGUGGAUGCAAAUCUCAUCAACUGCGGAAACUACAAAAUGCUCUCGCUGGACCUGAACAACUCAAAUCUCCUGGAAAAGCACUUAACAAGUUGCGGGUUCGACUUUUCCAUCCCCACUCUGUUCAUUUGCGAGUGCGUUUUAAUUUAUUUGGAAAUAACUAGCAGCGACAACUUAAUAAAAACUUUGGCCGGUCUUAUGAGAAACACCUCGUGCAUUUUGGUGUAUGAACAGGUUAACCCAAACACCGCCUUCGGAAAAGUGAUGAUAAGCAAUUUUAGCCAAAGAGGUAUAGAACUGAAGAGCAUCUUCAAGUACGACAAUUUGGAAAAACAAUUUUGCAGAUUUAAGAACCUGGGAUGGAGUCACGUCUACAUAAGUGACAUGAACGAGAUUUACGAUUAUCACUUAAAUACGGAGGAAAAAAAAAAAAUUGAAAAAAUUGAAAUGUUUGAUGAGUUUGAAGAAUGGAGAUUGUUACAGAACCAUUACUUCAUACUCGUUGCGUUUAGUCCUUCCCAAAAUUUGAACACGAAUGAUCUAUAUGUUUUUUUAAAGAACAAAAAGUAUGGUUCGGGAGAAUCUUCUCCAAAUGUGUGA